AUGCAACGACCUGCGUUUGGAGCACGACGAUUCCCUACCCGCCGCGCGCCUCACACCGAUCCUUAUGCAAAUCCCUCUACGCUAUUCUCUCAUGUUCUUACGCUUCCAACAGUCACACGUGCCCCGAACCCCCCUCUCGAGACCCGACUAGCUGCCCUUCCGCCACCACCACAUGCACCCCAAUGGACUGGACUCAACCGCAUUCAAACUCGGUCCCUCCUUCUCCCCACCAAUGACGGUUUUCCUACCUCACCGAUAGUCGAUCUCGCCCCUGGCUCGAGCAGCACAAUCCACAAGACAGUUCUCAAGCGACCUGCGAUCGCAACGCUUCAUGUCGACGGCACGCGAGUCACCAACGCCGCCGACGUCGCUCGCCAAUUUGCCGCCGAGCUCCGUGUCUUGCGCACCGUAGCUGCAGCAGGCGCACAUCCGAACAUUGUCGGAUUUGUAGGUGCGAUCGACGGACUUGGGAUUGUCCUAGAAUGGAUCGAUGGAGCAACCUUAUUUGAACGAAUUACCCUGGGUCGGGCGGCCGAAGACAGACUAGCGCUCAGCGCCAUGCUCGAGGGUACCAUUCCUGGAGGGGCCGUUUCGACGUUCAGAACAGCCAGAGCAGUUGUGUCGGAGCAGGAACGACUGGUCUGGUGCGACGAAGUACUUUCAGCCCUUUGCUUCGUUCACUCUCUCGGUCUUACCCAUGGCGAUAUCAACACACUCAACGUCCUCAUUGUUCCCUCACGGGCUUUGCAUGGACGUGCCUUUGGCCGUGCCAAAUUAAUCGAUUUUGGGCGUAGUACCGCAGUUGGCAAACAUGAAUACCCGGCACCUUGCGCUCGCCCGUUUUGUGCACCCGAGGUGACGAGGGCAUGGGAUCGAGCGAUGCGGGGCGCCGCAGUCGUACAUGAGCGGCGAAGUCGAAGCAAAAGCCGAGGUCGCGCGGCCGCAAGCGGCGAGAAUACGCCACGGGCCACCGUUGCCUCGCGGUUUCCACCCUCGGGCACUCAUACUCCAGCCUCCUGCACCACCCCGUGCACUCCUACGGCCACGUCCGGGACACUCCCAUCCAGCCUUGAUGUCGAUCCGCCAUCAUUGUCUUCGUCUAUUUCCUCCGUUUCAUCCCUGUCGGCCGGAACCCAAGAACGCGACUCUUCACCCGAUUCACCUACCUCACCCGAUUCGCUUACCUCACCGGUCGAAUCUGCUAGCACAAACUCAAAGGUUCUCCCCAUACCCGUUCCGCGCCGUACGAGACCAAAGCUGCCUCAGCGUAAAACUUUACCCGCCCCGCCGGUAGAACCAACCAUCCCGGACGGACAGCUUGCAGACGCAUAUAGCUUUGGUGUACUCGUACUAUGCGUCGCCCUCGGUCGUGUAAUCGAGUUUGAACAACCCACAGACGCGUACUCCCACCAUUCGGCUCGAUAUCUCCCCUAUUUUAACCCUCCGUUCGAUACCACCGGAUGCCCGGCACCAGCUCACCUUCUCCCCACGGAGCUAUUCCUGUACCAAACCGAUCCCUCGCACCCUGACGCACCACGGGUCAAGACUGUCGCGAGCCGAGUGAAGAAAUGGAUGGCGCGAUGGGACUUGCGUAAGCCUCUCGACGAGUCGUGGUCGUUUGGCGCCGUCGAUGGAGCCCCGUGGCGCGGGGCUGCUGACCUCGAUAGCGAAACGGAGGACGAGGAGGAUGACGAGGAUGCGGAGAUGACGGUUCGUGACGAUUCGGGCGAGCUUGACGCAAAGGCUGUGGAGGAUGAUGAAGACCUUGGAGCUUUGGGUCUGGGUCUGGAAGGGAUGGACGAACCCGAAGUUGGUGAUGAAGGGUACGACUCGGAUGACGUUGAGAUUCACAUGGUGUGGGGUUGA